CAAGCCCGGCGAGUGAAGCUGUUCUGUUGUGUCGGAGAAACAACACGGUGUUUGCAAAAUAAAAUAAAACAACAGCUUAGUGUUCACUCAAACCUGGUAGAAGCCGCCUGACAUGGAGUAUUUUAGUGUAAACUGGACACAGGAAGACUGUCGCCGCGCUGCAUUCAACGAGCACCGACGUUGUUCCCCUUAAACGGCAGGACAAACCUGCCCUUUAAUGCCUGCCUGUUCCUCCGCCAUGUAUCCACUGUCGGCAUAACACAACAGCGGGACACUCAGCUUCUUCAUCCCCAGCGUCCUUCUCUGUCCGCCGCGUCAGCACAGAGUUCCUCUCCCUUGCCAUGCCCCGGGUCACCUCGCUGCUGCCCGCCCUGCUGUUCGUUCUCCUGCCGGGCCUGAGCCGGGGAUAUUUCCCCGAGGAGCGCUGGAGCCCCGAGUCUCCGCUCCUCGCUCCCCGGGUCGUCAUCGCCCUGGUCUGCCGCAACUCGGCGCACUCCCUGCCGCUGUUCCUCGGUGCCAUCGAGCGCCUAAACUACCCGAAGGACCGCAUUGCGCUGUGGGUGGCGACAGAUCACAACACUGAUAACACCACAGCCAUCCUCAGAGAGUGGCUCAUCAAAGUGCAGAAUGACUAUCACUAUGUGGAGUGGAGACCUGAAGAUGAACCCAGUGUCUUUGAAGAUGAGUUGGGGCCUAAGCACUGGAAUAACCUCCGCUAUGAACAUGUGAUGAAACUCCGUCAGGCAGCUCUGGACAUCGCCCGCGAGGUCUGGGCCGACUACCUGCUGGUGGCUGACUGUGACAACCUGCUCACCAACCAGGAUGUCUUGUGGAAGCUGAUGAUGGAGAACAAGACCAUUGUAGCUCCCAUGAUGGAGUCCAGAGCUGCAUACUCCAACUUCUGGUGCGGCAUGACUUCACAGGGUUACUACAAGCGGACUCCGGCUUACAUGCCAAUCCGUAAGCGGGAGCGUCAGGGCUGCUUCGCUGUACCCAUGGUCCACUCUACCUACCUGUUGGAUUUAAGGAAAGAGGCCUCCCGUCAGCUCGCGUUUUAUCCACCGCACUCCGAGUACACCUGGGCUCUGGAUGACGUCAUCGUCUUUGCCUACUCAGCUCGCAUGGCAGAUGUGCAGAUGUAUGUGUGCAACAAGGAGACUUAUGGCUACUUCCCAGUGCCGAUGCGCUCCCACGCAACCUUGCAGGAUGAGGAGGAGAGCUUCUUGCACACACACCUCGAGGUUAUGGUGAAAAAUCCUCCAUUGGAGCACUCCAGCUUCCUGUCUCCUCCUCCCAAGCAGCCUAACAAGAUCGGCUUUGAUGAGGUGUUCAUGAUAAAUCUGGUGCGGCGGUCUGACCGGCGUGAGCGAAUGCUAAGAACUCUGUACGAGCAGGAGCUCAGCUGUAAGGUUGUUGCUGCUGUGGAUGGCAAAGCUCUGAAUGUGUCUGAGAUAGAUUCUAUGGGAAUUAAGAUGCUGCCAGGGUACAAAGACCCUUAUCACGGCCGACCUCUCACCAAGGGUGAACUGGGUUGUUUCCUCUCUCAUUACAACAUCUGGAAGGAGAUCGUGGACCGCGGUCUGCAGACCUCCCUGGUCAUCGAGGACGACCUCCGCUUCGAGGUCUUCUUCAAACGUCGCCUCCAGACGCUGCUGCAGGAGGUGACGACACACAAGCUUGACUGGGACCUCAUUUACAUCGGACGGAAGCGCAUGCAAGUGGACCAUCCAGAGAAGUCUGUACCCAACAUACACAAUCUUGUGGAGGCCGACUACUCCUACUGGACGCUAGGCUACAUGUUGUCAUUACGAGGAGCUGAGAAGCUCCUCGGGGCCGAUCCUCUGAGUAAGAUGCUUCCUGUAGACGAGUUCCUCCCCGUCAUGUACGACAAACAUCCAGUUUCAGAGUACAUGGACCACUUUGAGAACCGGGACCUGCACGCCUUCUCUGCCGAGCCUCUCCUCGUUUACCCGACCCAUUACACGGGAGACUCCGGCUACAUCAGUGACACCGAGACCUCGGUGGUGUGGGACAAUGAAACGGUCAAAACCGACUGGGACCGAGCCAAGUCCAGGAAAACUCAGGAGCAGGAGGAGCUGAGUUUUGAGGCGCAGAACUCAGAUGUGCUGCAGUCGGAGCUGGAGAACUGGAGCGCCCGGGACGAGCUGUGAUCAAGAGGAGAGGUCAUGAGGCGGAAUGGGAGAGAACUCUGGUGUACAGAGAUAAGGAUGAGGGAGACAAAGCUGUGAUUGUGUGCGUGUGUGUGUGUGGGGUGGGGAUGGAUAAGAGGGAAGGAAUAAAACAGAAAGUAGAAGGUGAGGGAGAGAAAGCAGAGCAGAUGGACACAAGCUUGAUUGAGGACAAAUGCUUUUCCUUGUCCAUUUCUCUUUCCACACUUUGAUCUUUCUCACAAGAGAGAAGAUUAGAUGCAGUGAUAAAUAACUCUUGAAGAGUCA